UUUCUUUCCGCGCUUGCGGCUCCUUCCUGAAAGUUUACGCAGGUUUGUUGCACGCUUCCAACAUGACAGAGAAACUAACGGACAUCAGGGCUGGCAGUGAUAUUCUGCUGUGCUGGUUACUGCAAUGAAUGGUAACACUGUCCAGCAGACCACGAGCACUGCACCGUCCGUAGCACCUCCUUGUGGAUGGAGGGAGUUCUGCGAGUUGCAUGCCAGCACCACGGCCCGAGAACUUGCCCAGCACUACCGGCGCUUCAUCCGAGAGCGGCCGGUGCAGGAUGUGGUCCCUCCGGAAAAUUUCUCCAAGCAGUUCAGCUCCCUGUUUCAGCACCACUUCAGCUGCGAAGUGGCUAAAGAUGCAGAACCCGUUCCUCUGCCUACACCCCUACCCUCGUUUCUGCCCAUGACCAGCCGCUUACGCAUCACUUCAUUUUCAGGUGUGCUGGAUUACCGGGAGAGUGUGCGGACGGGAGUCACACCUCUUGUUGCCGUCUUUGCGGGUAAACCGGAUACUCGGGGUAUCGCUAGGGAACAGGAGCAGUUGUUGCAUUGCUCUCCUGCAGACACUACAUGCCAAACUCAGCAUCACAGCCAGGAAGAUGAACCCCAGGAACGGCGGACUGGUUCCGAACGGUAUACGCCCACAGUGUUGUCUUUCCCUUCCCGUAAAGAUGUAACUCAUAUUUCUGUCCGCAUUCGAGAAAGCAUGUGCCGACUCUUUAAGAAAUACCCACAACUUGACGAUUCCUCAAGUGGUUGCCCAAGGGAUGAAUCAGUUCAGGGGGGUGGACCCUCAGCGUCUGUUGAAUAUACCUUGCAAUCGCCACCUGCCCACCACACCUCGCAGCAAGGUGCAUUUUGGGAGCGUUUGAGUCGGUUACGGACUGUGAGACGAAGGCAGGAAACGGGAAAAGUAUGUAAGGAGGGCCAGCUACGGUACCUGGAGGUGGAUGACACUAUCUCAGACAGGCCCCCGCAUUGGCUGCGCUGCCGCCUGCUGGUCAGGAGGACCAACGAGCACACUGCCUGCGAGCGGUACCAGCUAGAGCUCUAUGACCCACCAAAGGACUACAAAAAUCCAAAGCUUACCGUACACUGUUCAGACAUCCAGGAGAUUCGACGAUGUAAUCGACUAGAGAUGCCAGACAACAUGAACACAUUUGUCUUAAAGGUUACUGGUCAUCCAGGUAGUUUUAUAUUCGAGGCAGAUAAUGAGCAGCAGGUGAGCUCCUGGACCACAGAGCUCAGAGAGUGCAUCACCAGCAGGUCAGAUAGUGUGGAUGGAGAAGCGUUUCCUGUGAGUGAUUCUCUCAAUGCAGCUCGCAGAGUGAGCACAGAGCCAGGCAGCCAGGGUGAAUCUCACACAUCUACACUUUCUCAUGACAUGAGUUUGCCUGUGUUUUUAAAAGCUAACAAUUCAAACCACCAUAUAUUAAUGACCACUGAGUCUGCAGGUUCUCCGGGUUUUGGCCUCGCUGAGCACGGCUACAAUAAAACGGAUCACUUCCUGUCCUCUUACCCAUGGUUCCAUGGGCCCAUAUCACGCGUGCAGGCCGCCUACCUCGUACAGCAUGUUGGGGUCAGUGGUCAUGGGAACUUCCUGGUGAGACAGAGCGAGACACGGAGAGGAGACUAUGUCCUCACGUUUAACUACCAGGGCAGAGCAAAGCAUUUGCGUCUGUCUUUAACCGAGUGGGGUCAGUGCCGUGUGCAGCACCUGCGUUUUCCAUCCGUCAUGGACAUGCUCAGUCAUUUCCGCAACUGUCCGAUCCCGCUGGAAUGUGGAGCCGCAUGUGACGUUAUGCUGGCCAAUUACGUGCGGGUAAAUCCCACACAUACAGGUCAGAGUUCGGCUCUUGGCUCUCCGGUAUUGGUGCCCUUCUCUCGCUGGAGCUCUGAGCCAAGUCUGGUUCGCUGUAGUCUGGAUUCAUAUCCUCUCUCUGGCCCCUCCGUGGCCCAGUCCUGUUCACCCCCACCAGCAUUAGUCCCAGCCUUCCACCGCAUACUUCACGAUCCACCCGUUCCUGUACCCCUACGCCGGAGUGAGUCGGUGGGCCGUAGAAACCUACUCCGCCACCCCAACCCCCUCCCGCCUCUUCUGCCCAGCCGGGACUCUGACUAUGAACUAGAGCCGCCCGACAGGGGGCGCAAAAGGGCAAUCGACAACCAGUAUAUGUUCUUCUGAAAGAGACAGAGAACAGGAACAAAAGAUGAAAAUCGCUUCUGGUUUUUCACCAAGAUGGAGAGCAUAUGGCAGCCAAACAGCGAUCUCAAAGAGAAAAGAGCCCGAAUCAUGCGAGAAUACAGGCGAGACCCGCAGUAUUGGCAGGUGUCUGCUAGUGAACGAUGCUGCCUGACACCUGACCCUGCCUUCCUGACAGCUUUCUUCCCUGUGAAUGUAUUAUACGGAUGUUUCACUAUGAAUGAGUGUUUAUUAUAGAAUUACUAAUGUAGAGAUGAGAAUUAGACCGCUGCUCAUGGGGAUACAGAAGAAAUGUUUGAGAAAGCAUAUAGAAAGUUUGAUAAAAGCUGGUCAAGAAGGUUCACGGGCUUAGGAACAUGCACCACCUACCCAACCUUGGCAAGGGUCUAUUCAAAGACUUAAAGAGAUAGUUCACCCAAAAAUAUACUCACCCUCAUGUCGUUCCAAACCUGUAUGACUUACUUUUAUAUGCUCAACUUUGUUUGUAGAUUUUCUCGUCUCAUCCUCUCAAUUGAACAAGCUUCUGUGAUGCACUUAUAGAUGCACAAUCAAGAUUUUCACUGAAAAAUAACUUAAAUUGUAAUUUGUUUCUCGCAAAAUCUAUCAUAUGCCUUUAGAAGACUUGGCAUAUGACGAAUUGACUACUUGUAUGAUACUUUGGGGUCCUUUUUUAAAGCUUUAAAGUGGGUCACUAUCAGCUGACAUUGUACUGAAAAGUCGGGCCGGAAUAAAGCGCAGCAGUUGGGUUUCGGAAAUAAAAAUCCCAUUAAUUUUUAAUGAUAACUUAAAAGCUUUUAAAUACAGACCUACUGUGAGCUCAGAGGUUGUUAAAUUAUGGUAUAUGCUCUUGUUGAAGUCAUCAAUCUGUGUUAUUUCAACAUCAUUGCUUAAAAAUCGUGUUUAAUAGCACAGUUUCUUGUGAAAAACUACACUACCCAUAAUUCUAAAGAGAGAUCCACCAAUCAGAGAAUCCGUUCACUCAAACUACUUGUAUAUCUUUAUAAAUCUGAAUAUUUUGCAAUAAUAAUAAUACAUUUAAAAUAUAUUAUUUCUAUACUUAUUAUCAACAACUUUAAUUCAAUAGUUUUAUACAUUUCCAUCCUUUUUAAUGCGAUUACGUCAUUUCGUGAUGCUUCAUGGGAUUGUAGUUCUUUCUUUCAUUGAUGACAUUAAGUACUCAGUCUUGUACCUUUUGUCUUUUUGUCCAGUUUCCCCAAUAGUUUUUUGCUUCAAAUCAAAGUUUGUAAUGUUGUGAUUCAUUUCGGAGCUGGUUGUUUUGGUUCAUGACUUAGAACUCUUUUAUGAAGGAUUUUAAAGAAAUCCCUAUAGAACAGAUUAAUGGGAGAACUACUUCCGGAAACCAAGACAGCUAAAAAAGUUGUUAUUAAAAUAUUCAUUAAGCUGUUGAUAUGCAAUUCCCCGCACGCGGUGGUGACAUCACUCUGCUUACAUUUUAAUAUAGAAUUUACAUCUAUAAAUGUAAUUAAUAGGGCUGUAAAUUGAUAAAAAAAAAAUAAUAAUCGAAUUAAUUAUACAUAGUUAUCGUUAAAUAUUUAAGAAUUAUAUAAUAAUUAUAAUAUUCAGAUAAUUAAAAUGCAUUACAUUCUUGUGGCAGAAGAGUUCAUCAUUAAUAAGACAAUGCAAAAAGCGGCUUUAGAAUACAAUGUAUUGUUUACUACCAUAUUAUUGACUAUAAGUCAAUCAUUGUCAUACAGUUCACAGCAAUCCAUUUCACAAGUGACUUUGUCAAUCAGUUGGAGAUUUAUUAUGAGGGCUUGUUUAAGGACCCGUCAAUGUGCACCUGCGUCUGACACGCUUGUGUAGCGUCUCGGGUGCAUUGCGUCAUAAACAUACAUUUUUAGGUCACUGUCAAGUUAAAUAUAGUUUAAUGAACACAUCUUGAGAUCCCCUAGUUCGGAUUUGCGCUCCAAGUGUUUUGAACACAAGAACGUAACGCAGGUUUGUGUUCUUCUGUCUGCUGAAGUUUGUUUUCUUCACUGUACAAACUAUGCGUUACCACACAGCUGAAGUUUCACUUACUGCCCUCUGGAGUAAACAGGUGGUACUACAAGCUUGCAUUUCUCAGGAAUCUUCCUUAUUACAUUGUGAUUAAUUGCGUUAAUUUUUUUAACGCGUUAUUUUUUUAGAAAAUUAAUCGCACUGAAUUAACGCGUUAAAUCGACAGCCCUAGUAAUUAAUGUGUACAAGUGAUACAUCUUUUCAAAGGUCUAAGGGUUCAAAAUUGAUGUCGAUCUCUGUUUCACGAUAGCAAUGCUCCAGAAACAGCAAUUUAGUUAUUUGUGCCAGGAGUACAAAUGAAAACAUGCAAUAUCAAAACGCGAUCGCCAGAUGAAUCCAGUUCAACACACUUGGGUCAACUGUCCAUGGCAAGCGUUCAUUGAAAAACAUCCAAUAGCACUUUUUGUCCAUAAAAAUGCGGCAUAGUUUUAUUCAUAAAAGCCGAGCAGUGCAGUCAGAUUUUGUGUCGUCUUGAGAGGCAGAGCCUUAAUUUUACUCCAUAUGCUUCGUGAUUUUACAGAGAAAAAAGCUGCAGGAACCCCAUUUUUUUGUGAGAUCAUCUUCAAUUUGAAACUUUGGCUUUUGAGAACAUUGUAUUUGUCUUGGCACUUUUAUUAUUUAUUUUUUUAGAUUAUAAAAACAUGUUCAGCACAAAAUAUUUCCAUUUACUAUAAACUUCAGCUUCUCUAACUUUAAAAAUAUCAACACUCUGAAACUUGGGAAAUAAAGCCCAAAGUGUCUUCUUUUAAAAGAUACUACAACUGUGUCCAUACUCCAAAGGGUUCAGUAAAUACAACCAUUUAAGUUCAGGUAUGUCAUUUUCAUGGUUUGUGCUCAAAAAGGGGACGCACAUCAACAGGUUAAGUUUAUUUUUUAUUUUUCUCUCAAGUCAUAUGGGUUUGGAACAACAUCAGGGUGAGUAAAUUAUGACAACAUUUUCAGGUGAACUAUCCCUUUAAAGCUGCAGUGCGUCAUUUCUACAGAGCCACUGUGUUUACACUUUUUAGGAAUUAAACUAUUGAUGGCUUAAUUGUAGUUGUCUUAACUAUUAAGCUGUGAGAAGAAGUUUAACAUCGAGUAAAUUACACACAGCAGCUUUUAAGGAAUGUUUCAGUGUUCAAAACUACUUUUUGGCUGUCAACAGCAUCUUUGACCUGGUGACAAAUACCACAGAAAAUAAUUUUAACUUGUCCCUCAGUUUGUAAAAUCAAACUAUAAUGAUGUUUACAGAACAGCACUUACAGUGGAAGUCUAUGGGGCAAGAAAUGUGAAACUCUCAUUUUUGUUAAAGCACUUUUAUUAAUGUUUCCGUAAAGUUGUUUUGAAUAAUACUUUUAGCAGCGAGACUAUGUUUGUAGGCGGAUGAACUUCUGACUUUGCAUUUCGGAUGUAUUUCCUGUGAAUUUAAUUUGCGCCAUAUAAACAGUAUUUUGAGGAUAGGUACAUUACGUCCAUUUUCUGGUAUUUGGUUUUUGGUCCAAACGCAAUUGCUGUAUACAUGAUUUUUGCUUAUUUUGACAAAAUGAUUUUCUGUGGUGAUCGCCCGAGUGCCAUGGAUGCUUGGAGCUCGAGUUGUAUUGAACCUUAAACAUUCCUUUAAACAAUGAAUAGAUCAAAAUAGUUCUUAGUCUGGCAGCACACACACACACACACACACACACACACACACACACACACACUGCACAUACACGUUCAGAUGUUUAUUUCACAUACUUCAUGUUCAAUUAUAGUAAUACACAGGUUUCUAUUUUUCAAUAAGUUUUGUGUAGAGGCCAAAUAUUUUAGACCAUAGAAUAUAUGGACCAUAUUUUGGUCACAUGGCUGAGGCCUUGAUGUAAUGCAUCAAUGCAGUUAGCCAUGUCAUCCUAGAUUCUAGAGGUCCCAUGCUAGUUAACUGACCAAAGAGUAGAAAAUAACUGAACCAAACCAGCAAUAACUGGCUUAAUGCCCAAAUUCACAUCACGUUCCACAAAAGACUUUGUUUUAUUAUUAACCUGUAAGGUUGUUCUUAAACAUGUUUAGCAUUUUAGCUCACCCUCCUGUUUUUCAUGGCUCUUAGCUGUGGAAAUACUACUUUUAAAUGAGUAGCUACCACAUCUGACACCACAAAUAGUUGAUUUAAGCUAUCUGUCUUCCAUUUUUCAGUACAUGCAUUACAGAAAUGUUGCUUGGUCAUUUUCAGAACGUAUUCUACUUUUUCUUUGUUUUUGAAUAGUUGUGAAUGUCUUUGUGGCUUAACACUAUCACAGUAUUCCGAUCUGUGUCAAGCAAAUACAUUCCCAAAUUACUCUGGUUCAUACAUAAUUGGGCGAACGCCACAAAAACAUGUCCAGGUUACACGUCUAAAGAAAAAAAGCAAGAAAUUAUAUUUUGACUUUUUAGAUCUUUUAGAUCUAGAUAAUUCUAGUUUUGCAUUGUGAUAUUAUUCAACAUAUAAGCACAUUUAGUUUUUGUGUUUUGAAUAUCAAAUCUUACUUAUUAGCCUUUCAUUACUGUAUAGUAAUGUUUUACUGUAUUACAAAACGACUACUACUUGUUCUUCUACUUUUUUUUUUUCAAAAUCAGAAUUAAAAACAGCAAUACUUCCGUAAUGCAUAAAUAUAGUGUGUGUGUAUAUAUAUAUAUAUAUAUAUAUAUAUAUAUAUAGACACAAAUCAUAUAUAAUUUUACAGCAAUGUUGUUUGCAUUAUGGUAAUGGAAAUUUGCUGUCUUGAAAAUAAUAUAAUGCACAAAUGUUUAUGGCUCUAAAAAAGGCUUUAUCUUCUAUCAGCAAAGUUUUCAUAUUUUUAUUCCUUCAAUUUUAGGAUGCCAAUAUGACUUGCACUUGUUCAAUUAAUCAUGCAAAAAUAAUGCAUUUCUUUGCUCUCUCUUCCUCUUCUGCUUUGCUGCAGAAUUCGGUCUCUGCUACGUUCUGUUCCAUUAAUUUAUCUUUAUUGGCCUUCGUUUAUUUAUAUUUUUUGUAACGAGCCUUGUUACCACAAAGAACCAUUUCACACUUCUCUCUGUGGGAAAACAAAAGGCGACCAUGUUCUAGACUCUAUAAAUAUAUACAGUAUAUUUUUUAACAUGAUAUAUAUGAAAGCGUGAACUGUACCUGUGUAUCACUACCUCGCAUUGCAUUGUGGACUGUGUUCCAGGUGGACUGAUUUUGCAUUGGACGGAGGCGGGCAGAAUUGAAAGAUGAAGUUAGAUAAUCAAUUACUAAAUGACUUGUGUCGUUGACAUGCGUCUCUACAAAUAAGCGAUGUGCUAAAUUCAAUCAGCAGAGUAUUGUUUAAAUGACUAUGCUGCUUCCGCAAAUGACCCAGAAUGUCCUUUUGUAAUUGUAAAACACUUGUUUUUAUGCAAAUAUGUUGUUUGUAACAUGAUUUUUAAUAUGUACAGAUUAAAGGUUGUGUAUCUGACUCUAUCAGAUGCAACAGAAGCUGCACUGGCUGGUAAGGAAUGGCUUAUUUCAAACCUAGUGCUCCAUGGGCCCUAUUGACAAAGUCAAUCUCAAAGCCAUUGGUACUGUUUUGGUUCAGGAUUGUUUUGUGUAGUAACUGAAAUGGCUGAAGGGAGGAAAAACUGAUCCUAGAACAGUGCUUUGGACUUUUAGAUGCUUUAUACAUAUAGGCCGAUAACUGGAGCAGUAGCCUGAGCCACCUUCUGAUGGAUCCAAUGCUUCAGAGUGGCAAAUGUAUCACGUCUAAGGUCCCUCGAUGUUCAACUGAUGAAUGAAUUUCUUCUCUCUCUAUACUGUUGUUACUUUGAGAUGUAUGAGAGCACUGUAAACCCCUGGGCUUUACCCUCAGCUACCACUCAACCAUGGCUUUCCGUUCAAACGCAUGAUACUUUUACUUUCCAUGUAGCAUUAUGCAUAAUAAAUUAUAUCAACUGUAUAUUUGAUUUUUAUUUUAAGAGGAAAAUAAAGUUCAUGUUUC